CAACAACUCAGUGAAAAGAUCCAUUGUGGAACAACUUCAAACAUUUUUCCAUCAACACAAUGAAUUAGUUGCAUUAUUCACAACUGCAUUAGACCGCAUGCCAUCAGAUAAUCAUAAAAUUGUCAUCAGAGCCGAUAAGGCGCCUGCAGGACAACAUGCUGGACGUUUUAAUGCGCCAACAAUUGAUGAAGUGGCUAUUGUCGUCGUGGGAGAAAAUUUAGAAAACCGAGACAUUGUUUUACUUCGACGGAACGAUCAACUUCAGCGUGUGUCUGAAACACAUCGAUCAUAUGAUGCCUUACAAUAUCCUAUCCUAUUUUGGCAAGGUGAAGACGGCUAUCAUUUUUCAAAUAAGAUGAUAAAUCCAGUUACAGGUGCUGAAACCGAACAAAAAAAGUUAGUUCAAUGAAUUAUUAUUCAUACAGACUGAUGGUUCGGGAAAAUGAGGACAAUCACAUCUUAAAGUGUCGGCGUCUAUUUCACCAAUAUGCUGUGGAUAUGUAUUAGAAAAUUGAAACUGAACGAUUGACAUUUAUCAGGUUGAACCAGGCAAAACUCCGUUCCGAGGAAUAUAUUCAUCUUCGGGAUGCCAUUAAUGCUGAUGGAAAUGCACAGAAUGUUGGCAGAACAACUAUUCUUCCAGCAACAUACGUCGGAAGCCCGCGACAUAUGCAUGAAUAUGCUCAAGAUGCUAUGUCCUAUUUACGACAUUAUGGCACACCAGAUUUGUUUAUCACAUUCACAUGCAAUCCAAAGUGGACAGAAAUUCAACAAGAAUUAUUUACUAGCCAAUCCCCUAUUGAUCGCCACGAUAUCACUGCAAGGUUGUUCAAAAUGAAAUUAAAAUCACUCAUGGAUUUUAUUGUUAAGCAUCGCGUGUUCGGCGAGACGCGUUGUUGGAUGUACUCAAUUGAGUGGCAAAAACGCGGAUUGCCACAUGCACAUAUCCUCAUUUGGUUGGUUGAGAGGAUAAGACCGAAUGAAAUUGAUAAUGUGAUAUCAGCAGAAAUUCCCGAUAAUAAUGAAGACCCACUGUUACAUGAGGUUAUUACAAAAAAUAUGAUACAUGGUCCAUGUGGAAUAUUAAAUCCAAUUUCUCCGUGUAUGGUUGAAGGAAAAUGUUCAAAACGCUA